AUGGUAGCAACCAAAUAUGGCAAUCAGGCACAACUGACAUUUAUGAUCAAUAAAUUUCAUGAAGAAGAACAUCACGUUGAACGUGAUAGGAUUUUUUCCGCACUUGCCAGCAGCUCUAAUCGUUCUUACAUUGAAAUGAUGGUAAAAGAGGUGUUAAUUAAAAAAGAGAAGGAUACUGACUUUCGACCCAAAUUAUACGAACUCGCAAGGAAAAAUUAUGAUAACACGGCAGUUGAACAAUACUUAUUUAACAAUUUUGCUGAACUUCUCAAGAGACACGAAAAAUAUGGACCCUUUUUUAUGCUUCAAAUGGCAAGAGGAUAUGGAACGAACGAAGAUUUGCAUAAAUUGGAUAUAUUCGAGGAGAAAUAUGCACCAUUGAUAAAAAAAUUAAAGCCUGUUAUUUCUCAUAUUCGAACUGAUAUUAACAGGCGAAUGAUUUGGAAUGCAAAAUACGUUGAUGAAAUUAUCGAAUUUAUGUUGAAAUAUUUACAGCCCUGA